UCUAUAGGCUAGAGUCUAUUAGCAUUCGCUUAGGAGUUAGGGACAUUGAUUGUCAUUAAUAAUCUGGAAUAGGCACGUGCGUACCUCUAAGCGAGUGAGCGCAACAGCAAUGGCGAAUGUUGAUGUGGCAUCAACAGAUAUUUCGAACGCCAGCUGGAGGCAGGAGAAUCCUGCAACACCCUACGCCAAGCAGGCAAAACUUGGCCGCGAACACGCACAGCAAGCCUGUACUCUUACCUCGCCAAGAGACUUGUCGAGAUCUGGCGUACAUGAUGUGUGUGGGUGUCCAACACGCUCCCAUGCUGCCGCACGUUCGUGAGGAUGAAGCGCCCAAUCCCUUCUCCUCGUGCGUCUUUUCCUCCGGCCGACGUCCCCAACGACAGUGCAAGUCUCACGGACUGCUGCACACCGCUGUCGAGCACAGCUGCAUGAAUAUAUGUCCACUACCAGACAACGGCACUAGGAGUCAGCCCGUCCGUACACCUCCCCACCUAUGUCAUCAUCCACGCCAUCUCCUUGAUUGUCGCCGCCUUCUUUCGCCCUUUCUCCUUCUUCUUCGAGCGGUCUUUCCGCCGUCCUCCAGGUGGCCCUGGUCGUGGGCCAGGUGGUGGAGGACCCGGGGGACGGAGACCAGGAGGAGGGGGGCCUCGUGGUGGGCCGGGAGGAGGAGGGCCAUGUGGGUGAUGUGGGCGAGGUGGUGGAGCGCGGGCAGGAUCCCACUGGUCUGGUGGAGAGGCUAGACGCAUUGGAGCCUGCUCGGCCUCGGGGAGGACGGGAAGUGCCGCCGCGACCGCGAGGAGAACGAGCGCGACGAGCUUCAUGUCCGCAGUUGGGUGUGGCGGAUAGGCUGUGGGGCCAGCAGCGUAGUAGGCAGAAAAAGUGAGGUAAGAGUUGAAACGAGUUGUGGCGGCUGCGGAAGGAUGUGCGGCUGCGCCGCGUUGACUGCGGGGAAGGGCCAAAGAUCGUCCCGGGCCCCGUCCUGAGAUUGGGUGGCUCAAUAACACG